CGAGGGUAUCGACGUCAAGGACGAGGGAGGCCCUCUGGACCCCCAGGUACCCCCGGAGCUGGAGGUGCGAGGUUGUGGUGUCUGGACCACAUCACUCAUCCUGUCUAUGUUACAGGUAGUGGUGACGAGGGUGACACUGGGGAGAUGAAGGUACCUGACCAGGAGGACGAGGGUAUCGACGUCAAGGACGAGGGAGGCCCUCUGGACCCCCAGGUACCCCCGGAGCUGGAGGUACGAGGUUGUGGUGUCUGGACGCGAGGCGUGAUACACCGAGGGACCCGCUACGGACCUUUCUUGGGGAAGUGGACUUCAGAUCGUCCACACGAUCCGCAGACCUACUGGGAGCCACAAUUGAGUUCGUUGUGUGUUGGCACGUUCGCUGUGAUGUCAGAGCGCUGUGUUAGUGUUAGUGUUAGUGGCAGUAAUGGUCCACCUCAGCACUUUGUAUCAGCUGUGUCGUUGGCAACCACCGAUAAUCUUGGUAGUGUUGGCGCUAAAGAUGAAAAGCUGUAUCAGUUUUGGUGUGACGCUGGCGACCGUUGCCGCACGCGCGGACACACUGGUCGAUGUGGUGAAAAAUACAUCCGCCCUCAGACCGGCCAGCUAGCAAGGCUGUCAUUGCUGAAGAUGUGGCAGAACUCCAACUUUUUACACUCUAGGCUACCGAAAAAAGAACAAACUCACACCACCACAAUACAAAACAAGGAUGGCCACAAAAGGUGGAUCACAAUAGCUGUAAUUACUGAGGUCCAGCACAUCCCCCGUCAAGACGUAGGUGCGCUGCACGAGGGGAGAAUGAUUGACAAGUCUAUUGUGUCUAGACCUGACCAACGGUUGGAUCUAACCUCCGACCUGGUGAAGUCAUCUGGGUCUCUUCCGGUUCCGCGUUGCAAGUUUCAGUUCCACAGUUCCACAACUCAUCACAUUGAUAGAGCGACAUCGUGGUGUGAUUGUUGGAACAUUAAAAGCUUAGAUCUGUACCAGCACAGUUGUCAGCUGUACGAUGAUAAAGAAGAGGUGCGAAAGAUGCCCCAAACACGAAGCUCGGGAGAUGAAAGCUGUCACAGAUACAAACGGUUGUUCACAAUAAGACUGACACCUCUGGUGCGUGUUGGGGACGGCAUCAAACGCUACGUUGACUCUAGCAGCGAUUGUUGUUGGCUCAAACAUAUCAAAUCCACAAAGGAAUCAGAGGCUCAAAACUUACGACCGGUCUGGGCUGGACAGAUCUACUACGAGACGACUCAGCAGAUAUCAGCUGGUCAGGAGUUGCUGCUGCCGCCACGAGAACCUCUACAACUGGACUAUCUGCUGCAGCAUGGUGCUGACGACCGUAGUGACAGGGAGUCCGCUUCACAACACUCUGGUACUUGUGACGAAGAGAUUGAUGAAGACGAGGAAGUCUCCUGCAAUGUCUGUGGCAAAACCUUCUCAGACAACGAUAACCUCGACGAGCACCUAGUGCUGUUCCACCAGUACCCUCGGGGUCAGUUCAAGUGUAGACAGUGUCCGCGGGCCUACAGCAGCCAACAGGGGCUGAGCCGCCACGUCGCCGCUCACAGUAGGAAGUACACCUGCGAGAACUGCAACACAGUCUUCACCGACCGCAGCAACCUCCAGCGGCACAUCCGCACCAGCCACGUGGGAGCCAGGAGCCACGCUUGUGACGAGUGCGGCAAAACCUUCGCAUCGUCCUCCGGGCUCAAACAGCACAGCCACAUCCAUUCCAGCGUCAAACCCUUCCAGUGCGACGUUUGCUUGAAGGCGUACACUCAGUUCUCCAACCUUUGUCGACACAGGCGCAUGCACAGCAAAUGCCGCCAACAAGUGAAGUGUGCCAGGUGUAACCAAAACUUCAGCACCACAAACGCUCUAGCGAAGCACAAGAGGUUCUGCGAUCCUGGGAGUUCUAGGACGCCACCUCCUGGAACGAUGCCACAUAUCCCUCCACACAACAACCACUCACCCUACCUUAUGUAUCCUCGGGCUCCUCCUUUCUACCCUCCGACCACCAUCCUUCCCCCGUAUCACCACCCUGCCAUGUUCUCAGGGCAUCACGCAGCGGCUUUAUUGGCACUGAAUCAAUCUAACAACUCACUACUUGCCCAAUCUCUGAAAAUGGAAGACAAACAUUCGUUGAAACCAAAUCCUUUCUUGAUGAAUGGUAAAUUUCCUCAGUACCACCACUCGGAUGAUCAUCUUCUGUCCAAUCUUCUUAAAGACAAAGAACACGAGUUAGGUAUGAGACGUAGUGUUACACCACCGUCUUCUACUCAUCCUAAUUUCAGCUUCAGCAAAGCAUCUCCCAAUGUAGCUGAGGAAGCUGUGUCCAAGCCUUCACCAGCAAGACCUGCCCUCUCCAACACCUACUCUGAUCCGAAGGAUUCCCUGCCUGAUCCAGAAAUCAAUGUUGUAGACGUUCAGCCUGAGCCUCAUGAUUUAUCUACUUCCAGUGACGAGAGACAUUCUUCUAGUGACAAAGCAUCCACCCCAGAUCCAUCUGAGAAGCUCAGGGACGACCAACCUUUGGACUUGAGAGUUGAAGGAAAGCGGAAGAGUGACGAUGACAAUGACGAGAUUGAACAAAACCGUUGCCAGAAGGAAGUCGUCGAAUCUCCAAAAAAGAAAUUUAAUAAAAGCGAUAGCGUUGAUACAGAUGACGAGACAGAAUUCCCAGCUCAAAAAUCUCUGAUAUCGAACAAUUACGAAGCAAGCUCUCCUAAUCGGUCGAGUACUUCACCAGCUUCUCCAAAGACUAUGUUGGCUAUAAGACCCAAGUCGGAGCUUAUGAGUUCACCACCUCCUCAGCGAUCACCUACUCCAGACAAACCGUUAGGCUCCCCGAAGAAACACGUCAUGCCAUCAAUGGUUUGCCCUAUACCGAUUCACCCUCAUCCAUCUAUACGCUUCGAUAUGUAUCGCAACGCUUUUCCAAACUUCUCCCCAGACUCAAACUCAAACCACGAAAGAUUUAUGGCGUCUCAGUUUCCUCCACUCCAUUCGAGGAUUAACCUUUUCGCAUCGAUGGUGAACGGGCUAGCAAACGGGCAAGGAAUGCCACGAGCUCCCUUAGAUAUGCUACGUCCACCGAUGCAACAUUUCCCAGGAGGCGCUAAACCCUACCACGAGGUUUUGAAUCCACAACCAGAUAGCGUUAACGGUAACAAGUUGAAGGACAGAUACGCUUGCAAGUUUUGUGGCAAGCAAUUCCCGCGAUCUGCCAACCUGACUAGACACUUGAGAACUCACACUGGGGAACAACCAUAUAAAUGCAAGUAUUGCGAACGCUGCUUCAGCAUCUCUUCCAAUCUGCAAAGGCACGUUCGUAACAUACACAACAAGGAGAAGCCUUUCAAGUGUUCUCUUUGUGAUCGCUGCUUCGGCCAGCAGACCAAUCUGGAUCGUCAUCUGAAAAAGCACGAAGGAGACGACGGAAGUGGGAUAGUGGCCGUCGCAGACAGCCCCGGUAGCAGUAAUGAGAACGACGGAGAAGACGCUUGUGUCGACAUAAGAAACUUUGUCGGCCGAGUCACUUACUCCAACAUGGAGAAUUUCGGACCAAAUUUGAACCUGAAUCUUCUCAGCCAGUUUAAGCUGCCGACUACACCGCCGAGUCAGGAACUCGUCAACAGCACGACCAACCAAGUAGACGAAGACGACUCCGAACUUACACUAGACUCCUACAGAGACUCGCCUCACGAACAUCCUAGCUUCCCUUACACAAUGGGGAAGUCCGGGUAUCAAGACAACCCUUUGGGCCUUGUUGUGAGCAAGGGUUUUGAUUUCUCUUCUCGUAAGGAUCUCGAUUCUCCAACAUUCGAAGCCAAAUUGAAGAUAGACAAAGAGGAAUCUUCUUUAAACAACAACAUAGCCGAGGUAGAGACCAUCCGUGUCAGCACCUAGCCCUGGAAUUCCUUGUUUGUCCAUAGUUCCUACCGAUGAUGAGUGACCCGCGUGAGAUCUCUGUUACCACUUACUGUACUUUUGUUGCUGUUGUUAGCUCCAACGAGUCUAGUGUACCAAAGUUUGUUUAUACGUGCUGUACCUAGAUACCUGUACAGUUUAAGCGUUGUAGAAAUAGUAUUUUAGAUUGUAAAUUCAAUAUAGAUCACCUCAAACUUCAGGUUUAAUGUAUAGCAUACUCGUUACAUUUAAGUAUUAAAUAUUCACAAAAGCAAUCGUAUGUUUGUAUAACUAACUGUGAUCAUUUUACAUUAAGUUGUUAUUAUUUAAUCUUUAGGCAUUGCAUGACUUUUGAAUGCCUUUUUAAUGUAGCUCAGACUAAGUAGUUUCCUUAGUGAUGUAUAAAUUCUCUCGAUUAUCUGUAGAAAAGUCGGAUCUAGUAGAACAUAUCCGAAAGUAAAUGUUUAAACGUAAUUUAUUGAUUAUAUUGUUGAAAAUUUUAACAUAUCACUUACUAUAACGGUUUACAAUAUUUUAGGCAAAUUAAGUGAAUUAUUAUACAAAUAGUAACACAUGCACAAAUAUAAAAAAUAAGUUCUCUCCCAGUUUUCCUCAUUAUUUGAGUUUGAAAAACAGAAUCGAAUUGUUACUUUGUGAGAUUAAGGAUUUCUUUCCCAAUAAGUUGGUAGAAUGUCUAUGAUCUCCAAAGAUGGUAUACAUUUUCCAAGAUCAUUUACCUUACACCCUUGAUAUGUGAAAAUGUUCAAUUAUUACUAAUUUUUUUAAUCAUAAAUAAACUAUAUGGGUUGAAUGAUUAUGUUUAGAAUAAUAUUUUUAAUUAUUUAUGAAGACGAAUAAAGUUGUAUUUUAUUUUAAUUUAUAUUUUGUUGAAUGGCUUUCAAAAUUUAGAGACUUUUUUACUAAUUUUGUGAAACCCAUAUUCAGACUAUUAUUAUUAUUUCAGCAACAUGAUAAGUGGAGUAAGUUAUUUUAAAGUAGACGAACUAUGAUAUGAUGUGAUAUGUAUUUAUAUUUAGUUUUUAUCAUUUAGUUAGCAAAUACAAAAAAUGUAUCCAACACCAAUUUAUCCUGCAGAUUGUAUUUCCUAUUGUAUUGUACUUAUCAAUCACGGAGCUCAUACUUAAGUAUUUCACAUGUUAAAUGUAAUAUCUUCUUACUGUUAACCUAGCGAUUGUGGAUUUGAUUAUCUUGUAAA